AUGCUCACAACACCAGUUGAUAGACAGGACAUCCUUGAAUACCUGUCCUUGUUCACUGACCCUAGCAAGAUGAAUGCAGAUGCGGGUGCCACAGUCCAUCCUUUGGACGUCGUCAUGAAUGCCUUUCAAGAUACUUGUGCUGGAAACACGUGCCAGAAGAUUCAUACAUUUUUGGAGGAUGACAUUGGCCCACCAGCCGGAUCAAUGGAUUCUCGUGUCAACGUGAGGGUGCCGUUGAACGCCAUCCGAAUCCAUACUCCUGAUGAUGGGCUUCCAGUGAUCGAGGACUUCCUCACAACGGUCAUCUGCUUCAUUUUUUCAGGAUCACGUUUGGACAGGGAGCCUUUGGACCUGACAUUUGUCUCCUCCAGAGGUGAGGAUACAGAGCCAAUGGAUGAUUCGCCAUACAACCCGAGCCUCUCAGUGAAGAAAGGCUUCACUCGGCUGACCGCUGGGCUUUUUCUAGUCCUCCUUGCAUCAGAUUUGGAUCCAGAUAUUCAACCAACUCAGGCUUUACAGAUGAGCUUGCGAUUUGAAAAGCUCAUGGUGGAAGAGCGCUUCAAGGUCAGCUUGGAGGAGAAGACAGAUGUGGAAUUGCUUGGUAUGCUAAUUGACAGAUACAACACAUACAAAUCCAACCUGGCGAUCCGAAAGUGGCAAAUCUCAGAUGACAUGAGGAGGAGCAUCGAGGGCAUUGUGAUUGGAAUGACUCCGACCACAAAACGUUUGAUUAGAAGUCAUUUAGACUUCAACAAGUGGGAAGAGUCAGCUUACAAUGAGAGCAUUCUCAAAUCACGACGUCACCGUCUACAUGAGGGAGCGAAGGGUGUCAGUGGCCAAUGGGUCAUGAUCUUGACAGUAUCAGAGGCCGCUCAAGAGCUUCACUUCAAAAAGUACAACCAAUGGUGGUCUGUCAAUGCACGACGUGUGAAGCGAUCUACCAGGAGCCGACUGAGAUGGGGUGAAGAAGUGUGGUCAAGGCAUGUAGAUCAAUGCUGUGUGGCUGCCUGGGUGGUGGAGGAGAGCAGGAAGAUGCCUGGAGCCAAGCCCUCAGUAUUCACUGCGUUAAACAACACAGGUUUGCUAAACCUGGACUAUGGUCAGGAUUUGGAUGCUUUGCUCAUCGCCAAGCCUGCGACCAUGAAAGUUGAGAUGACCGCGAUGUGGCAAGACAAUGUGGGCCGUGCGCUUAUCAAGAGCAGUGCUCCCGCAUCCGGCACUGACGAUGCUGGUGACAUAGAUGAGGCUGAAGUCCUUCACCUCAAGUCUCAAUUGGAGGUUGGGCUUGGCAUUGUGGAGGCAUUCAUGCAGAAGAGGCUCUUGGUAACUGUUGGCAGUCAGCAAGGCAACAUUGCUACCAUGCAACGGAGAGUGCUCCAGGAAGCCAAGAGCAUGUUCGAUGGCGCAGACCUUGAACACAUGCACCACAUCGGGUACGCUGACCUACUGAAGUUGGGGCGGCUUGCAGCCCCAGAUGUGCAGGAACUUGCUGACUGGUGCUACAAGAUCUUGAGCAUCAACCCCAACUUCAGUGUUGUCUUCAUUGCAGCACCAUUGCUGGCUGCAGAGGGGCCGCUCCAGGAUGAGAACACGUUCACGCGAUGUGACUACUGGAAUCUGCUCGCAUGCAAGCCAGCACCGCCCCUGAACAUGAGCGAGUAUGUAGCUUACGAACUGAUGGGCGAACUUCAAGAGACAUGCUUCCUGGGAUGCAGCAGCGAGGCUGUUCAGGCGAGCCCUGUGGUAUUCAACUAUGCAAUGACUCAGAUCAAAGACAAACUUCUGGAGGAUUGGAAGGCAGGCCGCUCAUUGUUUGCGAAGGUGCAGCCGAAGUACAACCCAACACCAGAGGAAACCGUUGGCACUGCAAAGAUCCCCACGCUGAAGAUUUGCAACAUGGUCAAUGGCCACUUGUCCAUUCCGCAGGAGAUGCGACAGAAAUGGCUCAAUGAUCCCAUCAGGAACCCGGAUUGGAGAGUGCGGCUGCACAACUUUGACUCAGUCUUUCAGCCUGUCUCUGAUGCAAACGCAGCCCCGAGAACAGCACCCACCACAAGUGCUGAGAACAUGGACCUUGCUGAGACCAAUGCUGCAGCAAAGGUGGUGACACCGAGUGAGACAAUCCGUGAAGCUCCAGCAGGCAUCACUGUGGAUCAGUUCAAGGCAAAGUACCCCACCCUCACCGCGACGGUGGUGCUGAGCCUUCAGGAGCAGGCGAAGGAUUUUCUCAGCAAAUCGGCGAACGAAAACAAGGCCAUCGAGUUCAGACUUCAAGAUGAGAAGCAAAGGGUUGUCUUUGAAGAAUCCUCAACCACUGGAAAGUUUGACUCCCUGCCAAUGCCUUUCAAGAAGUUGAUGAAUGACUUGGAGAAGGAGGGGCAUCUGGACACUACCAUCGCUGGGCACAAGCUCACACGACCAGCAGCCGUCAUGCGAGGAGAAGAGGCAGACAGGUGA